GGGCGGGGCUCCGAGCGAGAGCGGAAAAAGGAGCGUGGGUAGGCCGUACCUUGCGAGGUGCCAGCCGGACAACGUGCUUGCAAGCAUGCUCCGCUGUACCCGAGCCUGGAGGCUCCCCCUUGAGGGGCUCGGCCCGCACAGUCCUAGCUUCGCGAGGGUGCCUGUCGCACCCAGCAGCAGCGGCGGCCGAGGGGAGGCCGAGCCGAGGCCGCUUCCGCUUUCCUACAGCCUUCUGGACGGGGAGGCAGCCCUCCCGGCCGUCAUUUUUCUGCACGGGCUCUUCGGCUGCAAAACUAACUUCAACUCCAUCGCCAAGGCCUUCGCCCAGCAAACAGGACGUAGGGUGCUGACGGUGGAUGCUCGUAACCACGGUAACAGCCCCCACAGCCCAGACAUGAGCUACGAGAUCAUGAGCCAGGACCUGCAGGACCUCCUGCCCCAGCUGGGCCUGGUGCCCUGUGUCGUCGUUGGCCACAGCAUGGGAGGGAGGACAGCCAUGCUGCUGGCACUACAGAGGGUGAUACACCCAAGCCCCCCGGAUGCUAUUGUAGACCGGGACCUGUCAAGGGAAGAUUGGUACCCCCAGUCCGCACAAGGAACCCCCCCAACUGCUGCACUUCCACAGAACCUGGCCGUACGGCAGCACCUGCUCACCAACCUGGUAGAGGUAGACGGGCGUCUCGUGUGGAGGUUGAACUUGGAUGCCCUGGCCCAGCACCUAGACAAGCUCUUGACUUUCCCACAGAGGCAGGAGUCCUACCUCGGACCAACACUCUUUCUCCUUGGUGGAAACUCCCAAUUCGUGCAUCCCAGUCACCACCCUGAGAUUAUGCGGCUCUUCCCUCGGGCCCAGAUACAGACGGUGCCGAACGCUGGCCACUGGAUCCACGCUGAACGCCCACAGGACUUCAUAGAUGCUAUCCGAGGCUUCCUGGUCUAAGAGUUGCUGGCAAGAAGGGGGCUGGGCGCAGUGGCUCAUGCCUGUAAUUCCAGCACUUUGGGAGGCUGAGGUGGGAGGAUCACUUGACACCAGGAGUUCGAGAGUAGCCUGGCCAACAUGGUGAAACCCCAUCUCUACUAAAAGUACAAAAAUUAGCCUG